UUCAUUCAACACCAUUUAAUGGAGGAGCACCUCCACCUUUAGACAAUCCAUUUUUGAAUUAUCCACCCCAACCUCCAUUAGUUCCUCCAAUGAUGGCUCCAAAUCCUUUUGGUGGUCAAAUAUAUCCUGGACAACAACAAAAUAUUAAUAAUAUGACUUCUACUACACCUUAUUGGACUCCGCAAAUGCAACAAAUGGGUGGGGGAGGAAUGUAUCCACAAUUUGGUGUCAAUUCAACUACUGCUGGUUAUACAACUGAACAACCUUCUUCAAUUCCUCAACAACAACAACCACCUCAACGUCCACCAUUACCACCCCAACAACCACCAAUAAAUAACGGAAUACAAAAAACUGAGGCAGAAACAUUUUCUCAUUUAGUUGGAAAUUUUGGGAUUCCUUCUACAACAACAACUUCUGGUUUUGCUCCAUCCUUUACACAAGCAAAUAAUAGCAGCAAUCCGUUUGGGGCACCGGUGACUUAUCCAUCUACCAAUCCAUUUUAAAAGAGAGAGAUAAUUAUUAUUGUUUGAAGUAUAUAAUUAAUCAAUAAAAUUUAAAGGAAGAACAAGUAAAAUUCAAAUUGACCAUAAAUAUAUAUUUUAUUUUUUUAUUAAAUUUAUUUGUUCAGAAUAUUUUUUGGAAAUUGGAAAUUGACAAAGAAAACAUGCAACUUAUUUUACUAUUUUUAAUUAUUUUACAGUUUUUAUUUGUCAACAGAUCAAUUUUCUUAUUUGACAUUUUCUCCUUUUUUCUAAACUUUAUUUUUGUAAUUCCCUUUAUUUUCUAUACUAUUUAGAGAUCGCAAUAUUUUUGGAAUUUAGUAGAUUUCCUUUAUUUUUUAUGGGAGGGUAAAUGCUUGGUUAAAUUACUGUCCCGAUCCUUAGUUGGGGGAAAAUUUUGGACUAAUACUUUUUUUUUUGUUAAUUUGUAGUUGACUCUGGUUACUAGAGAUCGAGAUUUUCAAGAAACCUUGAUCCUUGACCUUGAUUUCGGUUGGGUACCUUGACCAGAUUCUAUCAAG